GGCUAGCACUCGUUCCAGCUCAUUUAGUCACGGAACUCAACUUACCGAAGUGAAAUCGUGUUUUUUUCUUUUUAUUGGAGUCAUAUGCGGCGCAAGCUCCGAACGCCGUGAAGGAACGACACACCGCCGGUUUACUAUGCUAGCCAGCGGCGUAUGAAUGGUGCGCCCCGUUCGCUAACAAGUCAAGUUAGCAUGGCCACAGUUUCUAAGGCUUGACGAUAUGACACGCUGAGCUCGCUGCUCCACACUUUAGCGGCUGAUGCGCGCGCCUCCGUCCGAUGGAGGCGACGCGUUGCCCGGCUCAUCCAACAAGAUGACGCGCCGCCUGAGCCGGCGGCUGCUUGUCUCCUUGUAUGCAGGAGGCCAGACAUGGACGCCCGCUCCGAGUGCGACAUCGUGGCUGCCGAAAAGGGGCCGAGUAGUCAGAUCGAUGGACUCCGCGCUGCAGGACUCGUAAGCGCCCUUCACAAGAUCUUCACCAACCACAACACCCUCAACAUUCAGUCCGUCAGCCGCCUGGAAUGUACUGGUUCGUGUCCCGAUCUGAUGAUGAGUAGAAGGGAGGCAGCGGAGCCGCCUCCCGCGACCCUUACCCCCCAGCUGCCCCCCCGGGCCCACCACCACCAUCGGCCCCUCUGCAUGUCGGUGUCAUCCGACAGCAGUGGACGCUUCAAAGCUCUCGACACGCAGGAAUGGAAGAACAACCUCAAAGCUCAGAUGGAGCAGGCCCACAGCGCAGGCGCCGCCAGAAGCACGGGUUCCCUGGAGCGGGCGUCCCUCUUCUGCGCCGCGGGAGGUCCUCCGUCCAAGGCUACCACCGGCCGCUUCUCACUCUUCUCGCCGCCGUGGAACGUCAGCUCCGAGUCGGACUCCAACCCGCCGUCUCGCUCCGGGUCGCGGAAACUGCGCAACUACAGCCGGCGAGCGGCCACGGGUCCGGCCGACGCCCACGAUCCGCCCGGAGGUGAGGGGGACGGUGGCGGCGGCGGCGCCCCGCGGCAUUUCGAGCCAGUCAUCUCCAAGGUGACGGACUACAUCUACGUGGGCAACUUGAACGCGGCGUACAACGGGCGGGCGCUGUGCCGCAACAACAUCGACAGCAUCAUCGAUAUGAGCGGAGCCCCGGGUCAGGCGGCGCCGGCCCUCAGCCUCAUCCCCUGCACCUGCUCGCGCGGCGGCGUCCGCCACAGCUGGUCCCGCCUCAAGGUGGACAUCGGCGACGUCAAGCAGCGUUGCUUCGAGGACAUCAACGAGUGCAUCCACGCCUCGGCCGGCAAGCGCAAGCGGGUUCUGGUCCACUGCGGGGACGGCUUCUCCCUGGCGCCCACCUGCGUCAUCCAGUACCUGAUGCUCAAGCGCAACAUGAGGCUCAUGGCCGCCUACGAGCUGCUCCGGGCCAAAUAUCCCGUCAACAUCCGCGAAUGUCACCGCAACCUGCUGGUGAGCCUGGAGAGGACGCUCAGGCCUGGCGACGUGGAUCCGGAGAGCUUCAAGCAGGCCAUCUCCAGGAAGGUGGCCUGGACCUGACUCCGCCCCGAGCGCAGACGAGUGGCCACAAAAGUUAGCGCCCGCCGAUGUGCUUCUGCUACCGCGCCGCGUCCAGUUGAGAUUUGGCCGCAACUCUUUGGAUGGACUCGAUUGAACAUGGUACCAGGAGGUUCCGCGACGACUCGUGGAUGGAUGGUCCUCCGGUUGCAGUCUUGUUUUGUCAGCACCAGAUGAGUGAAACCUGCUUCUGGUUCCAGACGUUUGCUGUCGCAUGGCUGGACUCCAAACUUUUUUUUUUUUUAGCUCCACCACCACAUCUCAGGAGAGAUGUGGAACUAGUUUCUGGUACUGGUUGGAAUCUUGUGGCCCUCCAGUUGAGCCUUGUGAAGAAGUUGGAUCCCUUUUUUUUUUAACAUGUGUGGAGGGCUGAGGCCCGCUUUUGAUUCCAGUGAUUUGGUGUCACCCCAGUAGAUCUUUCAUGGUGAUUCUUGUACCUCACGGUCCAGUUCAGUUCUUGUUGAUAGAACCUGCAGGCCGCCCUCUCCCAAAACUCAAAUGCAUCCAUCUUGUUGGUUCCUCGUGAAAAUGUUGGUGUCGAUGUGCUCGUCUGCUGCUGGAACAACAACGCCGAGCUGUCCUCCAUGAGGAAGAACUUUUACUCGAUUCUACUGUGCAGAGUUUGGACUCUUGGUGUGAAUUGUGUUCUGUGUGAAUAUUGUGGAUGUUUUGUGGUGAUUUGAAAGAAGCACACCAUGGAGGGGAAAAAGCAAAAGGUGGCAAUAUCAGGAAAGUCUCCAUUUCAAUGACUAAUGUCAUCAAAUUGCAGAAGUUUCAUUUUUGAUGAUAAUAUUGUUCAUGCAAUUGACAUUUUGUGAGGGGAGGUACUUUGGAUUUUUUUCCUUUUAAUACUGUACCAUUUUUGGCUUUGUAGUUUUCAAGUAUAACUUUCCUUAUUUUCUUCAAAAACAUUUUGGUAAAUUUCCAUCACAAUCUUUCCUGCUAAUAUUUGGACUUCCCUUAACGUUGCUCCUUUCUUUACUUUCAAACUAGAACUUUUUCCCCCUGGUUUAUUUUCAGCCUCACCUUCAUACUUGUUUUCACGAAAUCCUAAUUCAAAAUAAUAAGUUGCUUGUAAAGAGGGAACAUGAAGACAUUUGUUGAAAUGUGAAUUUCUUCUCCAGAUUCAUUUCAGGUGGCAUUUUUUGAGGCUAGCCGAUGUUUGGUUGGCAAGUGACCAAAUAGCAUCGACGCUAAUGUUUGCGUUAGCUCGGCAUUUGGGUUAGCCUCCAAAUGUAUAUCAGAGAAUUUUGUUUCAUUUUGUUAGCAGUACAACAAAACAUUUCCUUCAAGUCAUCAAGUGUCGACACUUCCUGCCAACUUAUGGCAAACCUGUUAAGUUUUAUGCAAAUAUUUACAAAAUAAGGAGGCUGUCGUCGUUGAAGUGGCUAGCGGCGGCUAUGCUAACAAUAUGUGAAAAUAACUUGGCGUCUUGGUUGGCUUUGUGACGUGACAUUUGCACCUUUUCUGGAUAUCUGCCGUUGAGUUGUUUUCUUUUUCUACGUGCAAAAAAAAAAACCCAUCUUGAAAUGUGAGCUUGGCAAACGGCGGCUGUAAUAUAUUGCCGCUUUUGUUUUUCCCGCGUCGUUGGUGAACGUGGACUUGGUUCUCCUCAAUGUUCUCAGGUGAUUCUUCAGUGGUGCCACCACCUUUGUACUGUUCAUUCAAUAAAAGAUGACGUACGUGA